AUGAACGGCAGCACUCACGGAGUCUCUGUCACGUUCCUCCCUUCAGAAAGGUUAUUUUCUCCCCCUCCCACCAAGAGAAGGUGUGGGAAUCGGGAAUGGUUCAACGAAACAGGUUCGUGUUCAACCAGGUCAAGCGUGAGUUCGGCACCAGUUCCCCCAGUGCCCCGCUUAAGAAAUUCCCUUCCUCCACCCACGAGGUUGAAACGGAGGACAGAGGACAGUUUGCACAAACACAAGUGUGGUGUGAGUUUAAUAAAAUCAGUCCCUGUGCAUCCAGGCAAUGCGCCGAGGGCACAGCAAUGUUCAAAUAUAAAAAUAAAAAGUCAUAUAAAAAUAAAGACACAAAUGACAAUGAAUCUGUCUGUUUCGGAGCUGCAAUCCCCAGCUCUCCCACUAGAUGGCGCCACCGCGCCACUGGUGAACGAGAGUUUCAGCGGCCCCCUUGCUGUUCAGUCGGCGAAUUGGCGCGCAUGCGCAGUACACCCCUGGGUUUUGUCCACGAUAAAAAGGGGUUAUCGCCUGCAAUUUGCUGUAAAACCACCACGUUUCAGCAAAAUUCUAAUGUCAACAGCAGAAGGGGCCUCGGCUCAGGUUUUAGAAGAGGAAAUAAACUCUUUAUUGAGCAAAAGAGCCAUUCGGGUGGUACCACCGGAGCACAGCCAUCAGGGGUUUUACUCCCGGUAUUUUCUCAUCCCGAAACGAGGGGGGGGUCUCCGUCCCAUCCUAGAUUUGCGGAGCCUCAACAAACACCUCAGGACGUACAAGUUCAAAAUGCUCACACUCAAAACACUGUGUCAAUUUAUUCGUCCAAACGACUGGUGUACAUCAGUAGAUCUGAAGGACGCUUACUUUCACAUAAGCAUUUACCCAGCGCACAGAAAAUUUCUCAGGUUUGCCUAUCAAGGCACAGCCUACGAGUUUUUGACGGUUCCAUUCGGGCUCUCUUUAGCACCGAGGGUGUUCAGCAAAUGCGUCGAGGCAGCGCUCACGCCGUUAAGAGUAGCGGGGCUCAGAGUGACAGCUUAUUUAGACGAUUUGCUUCUUUGUGCCCCGUCACGAGUACAGGCGGAGAGGGAUACGGAAAAGCUCGUGUCUCAUUUAGUGAAUUUAGGCUUCAACAUAAACGAGGCAAAAAGCUGCUUAGUACCCACACAGGAGAUAAUUUACUUAGGGCUUAGACUGAACUCAGCCCGGUAUCUGGCUUUUCUAUCGGAGGAACAAAUCAAAUCGAUUCGCGGUUGCCUUGCCCUAUUUCAGAAGGGGAACAAGGUUUCAUUCAGACUGUGUUUACGCCUCCUGGGGCUUAUGGCCUCUACGAUAUCAGUCGUUCCGCUGGGAUUGCUGCGAAUGAGGGAGUUUCAGCACUGGAUAGCGGCGCAGCGCUUGUGUCCGAAACGUCACCUCAACCGCAGGGUGGUAGUGUCGUCUCAGUGCAUGGAUGCCCUCCGUUACUGGAGACAACGCUCUUUUCUCGAGUCGGGAACCCCGUUAGGGACGGUCUCACAGAGGAAAGUGGUGACGACGGACGCAUCUCUGUGGGGUUGGGGUGCAGUGUACGAGGGCAGAGCAAUAAAUGGAAAAUGGCCCGACACGCUCCAGAGCGCGCACAUCAACUUUCUGGAACUAUUAACAGUUUACCUUGCACUAAAGCACUUUGUGCGGUUCCUAAGAAACCACCACGUUCUGAUCAGAUCGGACAACACAACGGCGGUGGCAUACAUAAAUCGCCAGGGGGGCACUCGGUCUGCUCAGCUUCAUUAUCUAGCACAGAAGCUGAUCGUUUGGGGGACAAAGCAUUUUCGUUCACUACGGGCGACACAUGUCCCAGGGAUAUUGAAUGCGCGGGCGGACCUUCUGUCCAGAGGGAAUCCCCUGCACGGGGAAUGGACUCUCCACCCGGAGGUGGUGAGUCAGCUGUGGCUGAGGUUCGGCCGAGCUGCCGUAGAUCUCUUCGCCUCGCACGAAAACACUCAUUGCCCUCUAUACUUCUCUCUAGCAAGAGACGGUGCACCUAUGGGUGUGGAUGCUCUAGCACACCCGUGGCCAAAAGCUCUGUUGUACGCGUUCCCCCCACUGAGCCUGAUUGUGCCAACUCUAAGAAGGAUAAGAGAGCACGGACAUUCGGUAAUACUGAUCGCUCCACGCUGGCCAGGCAGGAUCUGGCUGGCGGAGAUAAUGCAGUUGCUAUGCGACCAGCCGUGGCCUCUCCCGCUGCGCAGGGACCUUCUGUCACAAGCGCGAGGAGAGAUUUUCCAUCCUGCCCCUGACAAAAUAGCUCUUUGGGCUUGGCACGUGAAAGGUUAA